UGUGUUGUGAGGUCACUGUUGCUGGCAUUGUUUCCGGGUCAUCGUCGCCAUUUUACUGGUGAGAAUCGGAGAGGAAUCACACGGUGAGAGAUGUGGGACCAGGGAGGACAGCCCUGGCCUCAGUGGCCCCUGGGCUCACAGCAGCAGUGGAUGCAGUCAUUUCAGCAUCAGCAAGAUCCAGGUCAAGUGGACUGGGCUGCUUUAGCACAAGCAUGGAUUGCACAGAAAGAAUCCACUGGAGGGGUUGCCGACCAGCAGGGGAUUCAGCCCAACGGCCAGGAAAUACAGAACAUGGAACCUCCAGCCCAUAAUAACCAUGGUGCCUUUCCCGGCGAUCAUAAUUUUGGCAGAGGUUGGCAACCAGAGUGGGGAAUGCAUGUCCAGCCUCCUCCUCCCCCUCCGGAACAAGCAUGGAUUCCUCCUGGACAAGGACCGAUGGAUGUCGUCAACCUGUCGGAAGACAGUAACAGUCAAGAUAGUUUGGAGUUUCCUGGAGACCCACACCAUGGAGGCUUUCAUCAAAACAAUCAUGGGUUUGGUGGUCAGCCCGAGCCUUACCCUAUGGGCCCAGUUGGCGUCAAUCAGUUUGAUUAUCAGCAUGGAGCAGUGCCAACAGGGACAGCAUACGUACCACCCUCCACUGGCUUUCAUGCACCUUAUUGGCCCGAAGGACCACAGAACAGAAGAGACCGGCUCCCUGGCUUCAGACCUGAACGGCCCAGAUCCCCCAAUCAGAUAGGAAUUAAACCAGAGACGCCUACUCUUGAUGCUGUUAAACGGAGGACUUUGCCUGCGUGGAUUCGAGAAGGCCUUGAAAAGAUGGAUCGUGAGAAGCAGAAAAAGUUGGAAAAGGAGAGGAUGGAGAAAGAGCGUGCUGAAAUGGCAAAUAAUGAAAGAGAUAGCGAUAUGGUAGUGGAGGAAGGUGAUGGGCCUCGGUUGCCACGCAAGAGCAAAUUUGACAGUGAUGAUGAGGAUGGUGAAGAAGAUGGUGCUGGGGAGGAUGGCGUAUCGGGGAGAAGGUUGGAGUUUGGUGGAAGAAGUUCUCCUGUUCAAGAAGACCAAAGUGAACCAGAAAUGACCGAAGAGGAGAAAGAGUUUCAGUUGAUGCUGAUGACUAAAACUCUUCUUACCGAAGUCCUCCUUGAAGUCACAAAUGAGGAAAUCUUCCUGGUGGCUAAAGAAACUCAUCGCAAAGCCACUAAAGGUCUCCUCCUGUUCCCUUCUGUCCGUGCAACUGUGCCUUCAAGUUUAAUUCUGAGGAAAAGCCACAUUUCCACAGAAAUUAGACUUGGAGGGCUGGGUGAGUACGGCUCGGACGAGAGUGAGGAUGAGGAGCGAAGCGCAAAGGGGUCGGACUCAUCAGACACAGACGAUGAGGAGCUGCUGCACCGCAUUCGCCAGAAACAGGAUGCCUUCCGUCAUAAAGAGAGGGAGCAGCAGCAGCUGCAGGAGAGGCUGGCACUGGAGGUACAGACUGUAAAAGAAGAUUUGGCAUCAGACAGAGUAAGCAGAGAGAGGGCAGGUUAUGAGGAGGAGCAGACAGAGUCUAAACACAAACAGGAAGUUAGGGAAAGGGAGGCGGAGCCCACAUUAGAGCGACGCAGGUCACGUAGUGAGCCUGAGGUCAGUGAGGUCAAGCGGGCGAGCAAAGAGCACACAGGGCGUAACGGAGGAAGUGCCAGCCCCUCGCCAAGUGAGCGACGUAGCCGCACCUCCACCUCCAGCUCUUCCAGCAGCCGGUCCUCUUCAUCCUCCUCAUCCUCAGCCUCCUCUCGCAGCUCCUCCCGCUCCUCGUCUCCCAGAAGGAAAAGGCGUCGCAGCCGCUCCGCCUCUCGUGGGACUCGCAGGCGCAGCCGAAGUCGCAGCUCUCGCAGACGUCAGUCGGAGCGCGACAAGACCAGAGACAGAAGACGGAGCAGCCGUGCACGCAGCACCGAACGUUCCUCUCGUCACAGGAAGCGCAGCCAUUCACGGCAGCGCAGGUCCAGCAGGGGCCGCAGGAGCAGGUCCAAGGCCAGUCAUAGCCGCAGCAAAGAGAGGCGGCGCAGCAGGGACCGCAGGCGCAGCCGAAGUCGCAGUACGAGCCGCAGCAGGAGGAAACAGAAGGCCUCCAGCAAGGACAGGGAGAGAGACAGGAGGAAAGAGAGGAGCCGGAGCCACGAAAAGGAUAAGAAGAAGAAAGAGAAAGAUUUAGAUAAAAGGAAAGACAAACAGAAGGGUAAGGAGAAAGAGGGUGAGGGCAGUUCAGUAAGGGACGAGGAAGACGAUGCCAAAUCGAGGCGGAAAAAGGAGAGCGACUCUCACAGUGAGAGGUUUUCCCGGCAAGACAGUAAAUCUAGCAAAAAAGGCUCCGCCAAAGCUAGCAAGAAGUACUCUGAUUCAGAGUCCAGCAGGAGCAGGUCCCCUUCCCCUGAGGUUAGCAAAGAAAAAAAGUCUAAGAAAUCAAAACGUAGUCGAUCAAGGUCAACGGAAAGGUCUCACAAGUCUGGUAAGAAGGCAAGCCGCAAACACAAGUCUAAGUCACGAUCAAGGUCAACGUCUCCCAGCCGCCGCAAGCAUUGAGGGGCGUUCUGCCUCUAAUCUGUGAACUUCUUUUAAAAUUCCACGAGUUAACAGGCUUGUCUCAUUAUCGAGGCAACGUUGUAGGUGAACUCUCCACUCCAAAUCCCCUCCCUCCCCUCAUUUUGUAAAUAUAUGGUAUUUUUAAGUGUUGUCUUCAAAACAGGAGUUUUUGAAUGAUAGUUUCUUUUUUUGCCUUGUAUUUUGCAAGACUAAACGUUCGAGCAGUCAAUAGAACCUUGAAACUGUAACAUUUUAAAACCUAACACCAGAAGAAAUAAAUUCUCCUUUCAUGUAAAUUGUCCAAUAAAACAAGAAUGAUUCUUUCUGUCUGACA